CCCGCAGCGGCCCCGCCGCCAGCGCCCGCCCGGCCCGGCCCGGCCCCGGCCCCGCUCGCUCCGGUGCAGCCCCGCCAUGGCGGGCGGCCCGGCCGCGCUCGCCCUCGGUGUCCUGCUGGCCACGUGCCACGCGCUGGACAACAGCACGGCCGGCCGGAGCGCCCCGGUGGCGGCGGCGGUGAGGUCGCACUUCAACGAGUGCCCGGACUCGCACCGGCAGUUCUGCUUCCACGGCACGUGCCGCUUCCUGGUGCAGGAGGAGAAACCCGCCUGCGUGUGUCACUCGGGGUACGUGGGGACGCGCUGUGAGCACGCUGACCUGCUGGCCGUGGUGGCAGCCACCCAGAAGAAGCAGACCAUCACUGCCCUGCUCGUGGUGGCCGUGGUGGCCUCGGCCCUGCUCGUCACCGUCUGCGUCCUGGUCCACUGCUGCCGCCUGCGGAAGCGCUGGCCCUGGCCCUGUCCCUGUCCCGGUUGGUGCCGCGAGCCCGGAGCCGGCCCCGAGAAACCGGGGGGGCUGCUCAAGGGGGGAGCGUCCUGCUGCCACAGCGAGACAGGUGUGUGACAGACCCGGGACCACCUGGGGACACCUGGGGACACCCCAGGACCGUCCCCUCCCUCCUUCGGAUCCUUUUUGGGGCGUUUUCCCCUUUUCCCGCCGUUUCCCCGGGGUCUCCCUCGACUCUCGGGUCGUUUUCCCGGGACUUUUCAAACCCGAAUAUUUGGGAUUUUAACCCAAACCCCCGCCAGGAUGGGGAUUUAUUUUUCUACAGAAAAGAAAAAAAAAACCCCAAGCCCGGCUCAUUUUUGGGGACAAAUCCCCAGCUUUUUAUUAAUAAUAAAUGAAUUUAAAUCCCAGGAAACCUCCUCAGGCUGGAGGCACAGCCUUAAUUCCCCCUUAGUAACCAACCCAGAGCUUUUCCCUCUGUUUUGGGGUUGUUUUUGGGGUUGUUUUGGGGUUUUUUGGUUUUUUUUUAAAGUCAUGGUUACUCUCAUGUCUUCUGUAUAUGUUGCACUGAAAGUUAAUAUUUAAUGUUUUAAUUUAUUUCGCCUGGUUUAAAUUAAUUUUGAUUCCUAUAAAGAUGUUCUUGUCAU